AUGGCAUCCCAGGAUUUCCGUCUUCUCUGCAUUGAGAACCCUCUGCUUGACAUCCAAGCAGUUGGUGACAAGGCUCUCCUCGAAAAGUACGGCCUCAAGGAGAACGAUGCCAUCCUCGCUGAGGAGAAGCACCUCGGCAUCUACGAGGACCUCCUCAACAACUACGACGCCAAGCUGAUUGCCGGCGGCGCCGCCCAGAACACCGCUCGCGGUGCCCAGUACAUCCUCCCCCCCAACUCCGUCGUCUACCUCGGUGGUGUCGGUGACGACAAGUACGCCUCCAUCCUCCAGGAUGCCGUCAAGACCGCCGGUCUCCGCGUUGAGUACCGUGUCGACCCCAAGAUUGCCACCGGCCGCUGCGGUGUUGUCAUCACCGGCCACAACCGCUCCAUGUGCACCGAGCUCGGCGCCGCCAACCACUACGACCUUGAGCACUUGACCCGUCCCGACGUCUGGAAGCUCGUCGAGAACGCCCAGGCCUACUACAUUGGAGGCUACCACUUCACCGUCUGCCCCGCCGCCAUCCAGAAGCUCGCCGAGGAGGCCGCCAAGAACAACAAGGUCUUCGCCGUCAGCUUGUCCGCCCCCUUCAUCUGCCAGUUCUUCAAGGACCCCCUCGAUGCCAGCGCCCCGUACUGGGACUACGUUAUCGGCAACGAGACCGAGGCAGCCGCCUACGCCGAAGCCCACAGCCUCGGCACCACCGACCUCAAGGAGAUCGCCAAGGCCCUCGCCAACCUCCCCAAGGAGAACAAGCAGCGCAAGCGUGUCGCCAUCAUCACCCAGGGCACCGAGCCCACUCUCGUUGCCGUCCAGGGUGAGGACAGCGUCAAGGAGUACCCCGUCAAGCCCAUCUCCAAGGAGCAGAUCAACGACACCAACGGAGCUGGUGAUGCCUUUGCUGGCGGUCUGAUGGCCGGCAUUGUCGAUGGCAAGUCCCUCGACCAGUCCAUCGACAUGGGCCAGUGGCUGGCUAAGCUCAGCAUCCAGGAGCUUGGACCUUCCUACCCCUUCCCCAAGCAGGCUUAUUCCGCGUAA